CCAUCUAGCGUGCAAUUCCAACGGUUUCUCUACGCCUUGUGGUUUCACUAGUGGUGUUUGAUGGGGUAUUGACACUUUGAAUAAGGGAACGCAUAAUUUGAAGAAUGAAAGAUCUAACUGGUUGUGUAUGUCUUGUUACGGGAGCUACUCGUGGCAUUGGUAAAGGCAUAGCAGUAUCAUUAGGAAAGUCUGGAGCCACAGUGUAUUUAACUGGACGAACAUCAGUGCCGCUUAAUGGCGGAAUUGGCGGUAGUCUCCAGGAAACGUCAGAUAUCAUCAAUAACUUUGGUGGUAAAGCUAUUCCUGUUAUGGUUGAUCAUUCUAAUGAAAAUGAAAUAGAAAAUCUAUUUCAUCAGAUUGAUCGUGAACAAAAAGGUCGCUUAGAUAUCGUAGUUAACAAUGCAUAUAGUGCUGUAACAUUUUUACAGAAAAAUAUGGGGAAACCGUAUUAUGAAAUUACAGACAUAUCUCCAGGUGAAGCUUGGGAUGUUGUUAAUGAUACUGGUCUAAAGAAUCACUAUAUUUGUUCUGUUUUGGCUACUCGAAUGAUGAUUGAAUACCAGAAAAAAACAAAUUCAAGUUCAACCCGACCUGGUUUAAUCGUAAAUAUCACUUCUGUCGGUGGAAAAAUCUACCUUUUUAGCGUGUCUUAUGGAAGUGCUUUUCAUUAUGAUACCGCGGAAUCACCUCAGUUAUCUGGUAAAGUAAUUAUUGCGAUAGCAAACGAACAACGUGAUAAGCUACUUUCAAGAAAUGGUCAAGUCAUUCUAACUUGUGAUAUAGCUGACGAAUAUAGUAUUAAAGAAAUAGAUGGUAGAAAACCAAUUAAUUUACGUUCAUUACAAUUAGCUGUGAAAACUCAGUGUUCUUUACUUGGUUAUCUUAUCCCUGGUUUUAUUCGUAUUCCGUUGAGUUUGGUAACAUACAUUCUUCGUCGUCAAUAG